AUGGUAAGGAUGAUUCCAGGGGUUUGUAGCAAUUUCAACGCUAAAGCAAGCACGGAGAGUGUUUUUCAUCCGUCGGUGAUUCUUCGAAGCUUCUACGAGUCUCACAACGGCGGUAGCUAUGUUGCCUUAUCAUAUCACAUUAAAACGAACAGAUUUUUUUCCACCUUCAAGCACGUACCAAUGAAAUGUACCUACUUCCACUUACAGGUAACAACCAGGUUUGCGUUACGCGGACAGAACUGCACUGGCCAAAAUAACUCAGUGCAAACGGAACAGCCGAUAUGGAAACAAAAGUCUGAUGUUGUUGGCCCGGCGAUUUGCAGAUGCACCUGGACUUCAGACAUGAUUGGAACUUUAAGACGAGAUCCGUAUCAUGCGGAUUAA